GCUGCUCGCGCGCGCCGCCGAGGCUCGCGCGCCGUCGCGCCGGCCGGGCGUCCCCGUACAGUCUUGGGCGCCGAUGGGGGAGGUGGAGCCGGGCCCCCUGGGCCCGCUGGAGCCCCCGGAGCCUGUGGAAACCUCCACUAACCGUCGGCCGGGAGGGAUCCGGGUCCUGAAGAGAAAUAUGAAACGUAAUGGGAGCAGAAAUUGUUUAAAUAGAAGAAGUAGGUUUGGUUCUCGAGAAAGAGACUGGCUGAAAGAAGAUGUGAAGAGAGGCUGUGUUUACCUUUAUGGAGCAGAUACCACCACUGCCACCGCAACUACUACCACCUCUUCCUCCUCUACUUCCUCUUCUUCCUCUUUCUCCUCAGACUUACAUCUUGUCCUUUGCACAGUAGAGACACCAGCAUCAGAAAUAUGUGCUGGAGAAGGAAGAGAAAGUCUUUACUUACAGCUUCACGGAGACCUGGUUAGGAAACUGGAACCUACUGAGCGACCUCUUCAGAUUGUUUAUGACUACUUAUCUAGGCUGGGAUUUGAUGAUCCUGUGCGCAUACAGGAGGAGGCUACAAAUCCUGACCUCAGCUGUAUGAUUCGAUUUUAUGGUGAAAAACCAUGCCAGAUGGAUCAUCUGGAUCGAAUCCUACUGUCUGGUAUCUAUAAUGUACGCAAAGGAAAGACUCAGCUGCAUAAGUGGGCUGAACGCCUAGUUGUUCUCUGUGGUACCUGCCUUAUUGUUUCCUCAGUAAAGGACUGUCAAACAGGAAAGAUGCACAUUUUGCCUUUGGUUGGGGGAAAGAUAGAAGAAGUGAAGCGCCGGCAGCACUCCCUUGCAUUCAGCUCAGCAGGAGCCCAAGCUCAAACCUAUCAUGUCAGCUUUGAGACUGUAGCUGAGUACCAGAGGUGGCACCGGCAAGCUUCUAAGGUGGUGUCUCAGCGAAUCAGUACAGUGGAUCUCUCAUGUUACAGCCUUGAGGAGGUUCCUGAACAUCUUUUCUACAGUCAAGAUAUCACCUACCUCAACUUGCGACACAACUUCAUGCAAUUAGAAAGACCAGGAGGUCUCGACACACUCUAUAAAUUUUCUCAACUGAAGGGCCUGAAUUUAUCUCAUAAUAAACUUGGGUUGUUUCCUGUAUCAUUAUGUGAGAUUUCCACCCUGACUGAGCUCAACCUUUCCUGUAAUGGAUUUCAUGACCUGCCAAGUCAGAUUGGCAGUCUGCUAAAUCUUCAAACACUCUGUCUUGAUGGCAACUUUCUGACUACUUUGCCUGAAGAACUGGGAAACCUGCAACAGCUUUCCUCCCUGGGAAUUUCCUUCAACAAUUUUAAUCAAAUUCCAGGGGUUUAUGAGAAACUCACAAUGUUAGAUAAAAUAGUUAUGGCGGGAAAUUGCCUAGAAGUCUUGGACUUAGGGGUGCUGACCAGGAUGAGCAAUAUCAAGCAUGUGGAUUUAAGGAUGAACUGCGUGAAAUCCACAGUUAUUGAAAACCUGGAGGGAAAUAAGCAUGUUGUCCACAUGGAUUUGCGGGACAAUCAGCUGACUGACUUGGAUCUUAGCUCCUUAUGUAGUUUGGAGCAGCUGCAUUGUGAGCGGAACCAGCUGAGGGAGCUGACACUCAGUGGCUUCUCUCUUCGAACUCUCUAUGCCAGUUCAAACAGACUGACAGCAGUGAAUGUCUACCCAGUGCCCAAUGUACUCACUUCCCUGGAACUCUCCAGAAACCUGCUAGAGUGUGUCCCUGACUGGGCCUGUGAAGCAAAGAAGCUAGAAAUACUUGAUGUGAGUUUUAAUCUUCUCACAGAGGUUCCUAUGAGAAUUCUGAGUAGCUUGAGUCUUAGGAAACUGAUGGUGGGACACAAUCACAUCCAAGUGCUUCCAGCCCUGGUAGAGCAUAUCCCCCUGGAGGUGCUGGAUGUCCAGCAUAACCUUCUUUCCAGGCUGCCAGACACUCUCUUCUCGAAGGCCUUAAAUCUCAGAUACUUGAAUGCAUCUGCAAAUAAUCUGGAGUCUUUGCCUUCUGCUUGUGCUGGGGAGGAGAGUCUGAGUGUGCUGCAGCUCCUGUAUCUGACCAGCAACCUCCUGACAGACCAGUGCAUUCCUGUCCUGGUUGGGCACCCACACCUGCGAAUCUUGCACCUUGCAAACAACCAACUACAGACAUUUCCUGCAAGCAAAUUAAAUAAAUUGGAGCAAUUGGAAGAACUGAAUGUAAGUGGCAACAAGCUUAAAACCAUUCCCACAACCAUAGCAAACUGCAAAAGACUGCACACCCUUGUUGCACACUCCAACAACAUCAGCAUUUUCCCAGAAAUACUGCAGUUGUCUCAGAUCCAGUUUGUAGACCUAAGUUGCAAUGACUUGACAGAAAUACUAAUCCCAGAGGUUCUGCCUGCUACAUUACAAGACCUUGACCUGACUGGAAAUACAAAUCUGGUUCUGGAACACAAGACAUUGGAUAUGUUUAGCCAUAUCACAACCCUGAAAAUUGAUCAGAAACCUUUGCCAACCACAGAUUCAACAGUUACUUCAACCUUCUGGAGCCAUGGACUGGCUGAGAUGGCAGGACAGAGAAACAAGCUCUGUGUUUCUGCCCUUGCUAUGGAUAACUUUGCAGAGGGGGUGGGAGCCGUGUAUGGCAUGUUUGAUGGAGACCGCAAUGAGGAGCUCCCUCGCCUGCUGCAGUGUACGAUGGCAGAUGUGCUUUUGGAUGAGGUACAACAGUCUACAAAUGACACGGUUUUCAUGGCCAACACCUUCUUGGUAUCUCACAGGAAGUUAGGAAUGGCUGGCCAGAAGCUGGGCUCCUCUGCUCUCCUGUGCUAUAUUCGCCCUGACACUGUUGAUCCAACAAGUAGUUUUAGCUUGACAGUGGCCAACGUUGGCACAUGCCAGGCUGUUCUGUGCCGAGGUGGGAAGCCGGUGCCUCUCUCUAAAGUCUUCAGCCUGGAACAGGACCCAGAAGAAGCUGAAAGGGUGAAGGACCAAAAAGCCAUCAUAACAGAGGACAACAAAGUGAAUGGGGUGACUUACUGUACCCGGAUGCUAGGCUGCACAUACCUCUACCCUUGGAUCCUCCCCAAGCCCCACAUAUCUUCCACUCCACUCACCAUUCAAGAUGAAUUAUUAAUUCUGGGAAACAAAGCAUUGUGGGAACACUUAUCAUAUACAGAAGCUGUCAAUGCAGUACGUCAUGUGCAAGACCCCUUAGCAGCUGCUAAGAAGCUGUGCACAUUAGCACAGAGCUAUGGUUGUCAGGAUAACGUGGGGGCCAUGGUGGUUUAUCUGAACAUUGGUGAGGAAGGCUGCACUUGUGAAAUGAAUGGGCUCACCCUCCCAGGUCCUGGGGGAUUUGCUUCAACCACCACCAUCAAGGAUGCCCCUAAGCCCACCACUCCUUCCUCUAGUAGUGGUAUUGCCUCGGAAUUCAGCAGUGAAAUGUCCACCUCUGAGGUGAGCAGUGAAGUGGGCUCCACUGCUUCUGAUGAACAUAACACUAUGGGCCUGGAGGCUGGCUUGCUUCCACGACCAGAGAGGCGCUGUAGCCUCCACCCAACACCCACCUCUGGGGUUUUUCAGCGCCAGCCUUCUUGUGCGACCUUCUCUAGUAAUCAGUCAGAUAAUGGUCUGGACAGUGAUGAUGACCAACCUGUUGAAGGGGUCAUUACUAAUGGCAGCAAGGUAGAAGUAGAAGUAGAUAUUCACUGCUGCCGAGGAAGAGAUUUUGAGAAUCCUCCUACUUUUCCAGAGAAUUCUUCUAUCCCGUGUCCUGAAGAACAUGCUAGAGGGUUGUGUUUGGGGAUCCGGAGACAGAACAGUGUGAAUAGUGGCAUACUUUUGCCAAUGAGCAGGGACAAGAUGGAGUUACAGAAGUCCCCCUCCACUUCCUGCCUCUAUGGAAAGAAGCUCUCCAAUGGCUCCAUUGUGCCCCUUGAGGACAGCCUGAACCUCAUUGAAGUGGCCACUGAAGCCCCCAAGAGGAAAACAGGCUAUUUUGCUGCCCCUACUCAGUUGGAACCAGAGGAUCAGUUUGUUGUACCUCGUGACUUGGAAGAAGAAGUGAAGGAGCAAAUGAAACAGCAGCACGAAGGCAGGCCUGAGCCUGAGCCCAGCGAAGAGGAUCGGACCGAGCUCCCAGAGGAGUUUGACACGGCGCUGUGAUUCUGCCCUUAAUGGGCACAGUGUGAGGGUAGGCUGUGAAACAGUGUUAGGGAAGGGACCUGCGGGAGGCACUUGGCCUCGCUGUUUCUAACCAUGGAUGUGUGGGGUCGAAUUUGGAGCCAAAAAAGGUAAGAGCUAUCAGGGACUGGCUCUAGAUGAGCCAGAACUGCCAUCAGUGUUAAGUUUCAUGUUUAACCACAUUGUAAUUCCCAAUUACUGGGAGAAAAGCAGAUGUUCUCUAUCAGUCCUGCCACCUGCCAUUAACCCUUUCUUUCCUAGGAUCAUUUUCAAAAUUUGCCUGCCUGGGCAGGAAAGGGACUAUUUUUGUGGAGGAAAUAAUUGAAGGUUGAUUCCUUUUACUAAUUGCUGCUGAUGGAUCUCUGUGACAGAGAAAUCACCUUAUCUCUCAGACUAACUAAGGGGGUAUGAUGUGACUAGUCACAUGGCUUUUCUUUCUUCUCUACGAGAAUAUAGCCUCAAAAUGAUGUUUAUUGGAGGUAUAGAACUGAUCAAACAGAUAAUUUAUGUAUGAAAUGUAACAAGAGCACUUUUCAUUGACUGUGAACUUUUUAUUUUUGAAUCUGCACUCGAGCCAAUCUUCUUAGAAGCAGUCCAGCACCUUUAUCCAUAGGCAGACAUAUUUGGGUGUUGGAGCCUUCUCUGGGGGUACUUGGAAGAGCCAUGGAAAUCAUUGUAACUGUUGCAUGUCAGACUGUGAAAGCUCCUAAAAAACUUGGGAUAGGAGGAUGGUCUUCUUUGGGGGAUGAAGACAGGAAAGAAGUAAGAACUUAAGACUACUUCUUCCAGUCAGAAAGAGAAUCACUCCUUGAUGAAUAUGAUAUCUGCUAGGAAUUGUGGUCCCAGCAGAUGAAGUGAGGCACUUGGGAAUUAGUUUCUUUCCCAAACAUGUGGUAGAGUUGGCAGUUAGCUUACUGAUGGCAGUCAGCCUACCUUCCAGGUAGGGCUAAGGCUGACACUGCAGGCAUUCAAGUCACCUUAAGUUACUCUAGACGGCUGUGAAACAGAUGGAGGCUGACUGAGGACAGAUGGAUGGGUGGAGCUCACAUAUUAGACUUGGUCCUUCUCUUUCUCAAGAGCUAACAUUUGACAGUGGACCGUUCUGAACAUUGCUGAUUCAAAACAUUGUUUCAAAGUAAUGGGCUCAAUACCAAUAUAAGAAAGAUUCAAUUGAGAAAUUCCUAAGCUUACAGAAAUCCUGUUUUGUUUUGCAUAUUCCACAUAGCCCUAGUAAAAUGCAAUUCCUUCCAUAUUCUGUUGCUUUAUUAAUUAAAAGGUUUACUUAGGAAAAUUAAUUCCUAUUUCUUCAUAUAAAUUUUAGCAUCACUUGAUCUUAUCCAAUAGGAAAUGUGCUAUGAUGUUUUGGAACAUUUUACAAUUGAAGAGAAAAUAGAAUGGAACAAUUUUUAAUUUGUUUCAUUUGAAACAACAUGUUAAACGUAAGUUGGAAACAUAUAUUUAUUCCUUUGUGGUUUUGGGGGGGAAGUUUUUGUUUAAAGCAAUAGUUGAAAACCAGGUAACUGUCCACAAUAGUUCUGUCUUCAUCCUUUCCCAGGCCCUGUGCCCAUAUGCAUGUAUCAGUGGGGUGGAUCCUGGAAGACUCAUCUUACUCCAGUGACUCCCCAGUAUUCAGCCUCCUGUGUAUCUGAGCUCCAAUGAGUUAGGGACAUUUGACUUCCUUCUGCCAAACUACUGGUCAGCUACUGAAAACUGUUAGAACUCAGGUUUUUGAUUUGAAGUGGGGAACAUGGUGGUUCAUAUAUAGUGUAGAUUCUGUUAGAUGGGACAGUAGUGUGUUGCCACCUUAUUUUUAUAUGGGAAAAAAGCAGAAAAAAAUGAAGGAAAAACCCAAGAUGAUAAAGAUGAAUGAUGUAAAACAUUUUCCUACUCAGACAGCAGAACCUUUGGGUAUAGAAUAGUGAUGUAUAAAGGCAUCAAAAUUAUUUUGGAAAAGUACCACUUUAAUAGUAUAUAGUCUU